AUGUCGUCUCUUUUUGGCAAGAGCAGCGGAAGCUCGCGAUUCCAGCUGCCCGCCCUCAAUCUCAAUUUUGGCAGCAUCACAGACGGCACCGAUAUCCCACCGCCUCCGGAAUCACCUGUUCAGAAGGUCCCAACUCCUCCCCAGACACCGCCACCCGUCAAGGAAGCCAAGGACGAAGCCCCCAAGCAGCCGGCCCAGGACACAUACAACAGUGUUACGGAGGACGUCAGCCAUAGCACACCGCAGCCAAGCGUUACUGCUUCUUCUAAUGGUAAUCUCGCUGGAACCAAGCGCAACGCCGACGAUGAUGCUCCUUUGAGCCCGGCUGCUUCAAGCCGCCAAGGCAGCAUCCGUCGCCUAUUCAGUAGGACCAUGUUGAAUAACAGUUAUGCAGAGGGUCAGAUAUCAACGAACGGAAGUGUCCAGUCUCCCCCACCAGGUUAUGCCCGUCCAGCCAGCCAGGGCGGCGCGAGCUACCUCGACGAGCGCAAGUCCAAGAGGACUAGCGGUUGGUUUAGACGUAUGAAGACCGGGGAAACCACCCCCAACAAACGAGCCAGUACCAUGUAUAUGGACGAACCUCCCCGCGCAACGACUCCUAAGAAGCAAUCAGGCCCGCCGCCUCCCAUGAUACCCGAAUUGACCGACAUCGAAAAGGACAAUGGAAGCUUGGGUUCUGAUCUUUUCAAGAACAUCAAGUAG